UCUGUUGUUUGGAUGUGAGACGAGGACUGCGGAGGAUCCCGGGAUUCCGAGGUCUACGCAGGAAAGGGUCUUCAGGAGAAAAAGUGGAUGGGCAGGCCUGUUCGCUGUAGCCCACACCAAGCCCCGCCAUGUUCAGCAGGUUGAAAAUGUUGAUGAGGGCUCCCGAGCCUCCCCCUGCCCAAGCUCCUACCCCGCCUUCUACCCCAGCUCCACCAGCUAAGGAAGAAAAGCCCCCUGAAAAGAAGGAUGAAAAAGAGGAGCAAAAGAAAGAGGAACCAAAGAAAGAGGAGGAAAAGAAAGAGGAACCAAAGAAAGAGGAGGAAAAAAAAGAGGAGGACAAAAAAGAAGAGGAAAAGAAAGAAGUUAAGAAAGAAGAAGAGCCCAAGAAAGAAGAGCCAAAACCAGCUGCUCCUGCUGCUGCUGCUGCUCCAGCCACAGCUGCUCCUGCUGCUCCUGCUGCUGCCAAUCCAGUGGGGGCUGAUGGUGAAGAAGCCCCUCCACCCUCUCCUCCACCUGUUGUCUACUUCCGCUACACAGAUGACACAAUAAGAAGUUUGGUCAAGAAGUUAAGAGAGCGGACAGAGACGCUCAGAGAGAAAGCCAUAGACCCUUACGCCACUUCACCAGAAAUCACCCCGCCAGUCACGCCCAUUCUGAGGAAGGAUGACUACAUCAGGAAGAAGGAGGAGGAGCGGAUAGCGAAAGAAGAAGCAGAUAAAAAGAAGGCAGAAGAGGCUGCCAAAAAGGCAGAGGAGAAGAAGAAAAAGGACGAGGAGAAAAGGAUCGAGGCCGAGAGGAAAGCAGCGGAGGAGAAGAUGUUAGAGGAGGUCCAGAAGAAAGUGAAGUAUAUUCCAGAGAUCAAUUGGUCCUGCUUUGACGUCCCCUUCCGUCCUAUUGAGCUCAAGAUGAAUACCAUCCUGGGAAACACCCUAGAUCCUUUAGAUCGGCGGUAUAUUUCCUGGUUGGCCGUGGUAGCGGUGGCAUUCAACUACAACAUUUGGUUUAGCACAGCACGGAUGGCCUUCCCGUACCACAAUGAAUUUGUCAACCCCUACUGGAUAGUUUGUGACAUUCUAAGUGACUUAGUGACUGUUAUUGACAUCAUCGUGUGGCAGCCCCGACUACAGUUUGUCAAAGCCGGAGAUAUCAUUAAAGACGGAGCUAUGACUAAGGCACAUUAUCGGAAAUCUGUGCGAUUUAAGUUGGAUGUAAUUAGCAUAAUCCCCUUUGACCUUCUCGGCCUGCGCUUUGGAUUCUCCUCCAUUUACCGAUUCAACCGCUUUUUCAGGAUAGAGUCUUUCUUUGAGUUCAGUGAUCGACUCGAGAGCAUCAUGGCCAAGGCCUACAUCUGGAGAGUGGCUCGCACCACAGGUUACCUGCUUUACGUCCUCCAUCUCAACGCCUGUUUCUAUUAUGUUGCCUCAGUAUACCAGGGCAUUGGAUCAACUACAUGGGUAUAUAGUGGAAAAGGCUCAGCCUACCUGCGGUGUUAUUACUUUGCAGUCCGCAGUCUGAUCAACAUCGGCGGUCUUCCAGAGCCCACCUCGACCUUUGAGAUCGCCUUUCAGAUGCUGAACUUUUUCAUUGGCGUCUUUGUGUUCUCCAGCUUGAUUGGACAGAUGAGAGAUGUAAUAGGAGCAGCAACAGCAGGCCAGACAUAUUUUCGGGCGUCGAUGGACGGCUGCGUCGCCUACAUGAACACCUAUAUGAUCCCCAAGCAAGUCCAGAACAGAGUCCGCACCUGGUACAACUACACCUGGGCAGCUCAGGGCAUGCUGGAUGAGUCUGAGCUGCUUGACAAGAUGCCUUUGGUGAUGAAAACUGCCAUCGCUGUGGACAUCAACCUGGCCACCUUCCAGAAGAUUGCACUGUUUCAGGGCUGCGACCAGCAGAUGUUGGUGGACAUGUUGCUGAGGCUCAAGUCCAUCAUCUAUCUACCUGGAGACUUUGUUGUGAAGAAAGGCGACAUCGGUAAAGAGAUGUACAUCAUCAAAAGUGGAGCAGUGCAGGUGGUGGGAGGACCUGACAACAGCAUUGUGUUUGUAACGCUGAAGGCCGGCUGCGUGUUUGGAGAAAUCAGUUUACUACAGUCUGCCAAAGAUGGAGGUAACAGGCGCACAGCUAAUGUGAAAGCACAUGGCUUUGCUAACCUUUCUGUCCUGGAGAAGAAGGACUUGUUUGAUAUCCUCGUCCACUACCCAGAGUCUCAGAAAGUCCUGGCCAGGAAGGGAAGGAAACUGACCAAAGCCAAAGGUCCUGCACCUGCUAAAGCCACUGAUGAUAAGCAGAAGGGUGCGACUCUGUUUGGAGAAAAACCACCAACGCCCAAGUUUCUCAAAGCCUUUGGCAAUUUCAGAAAAGGAGGCUUCAUGGACAAACUCAAGAAUGCUCCAGCGGAGCAGAAAUGAGAGAGGCAUGUGUGACGGUUCUGAGCUUGGCUGCUUCAUAUAUCUGUAUCAUUGUGAAUAUUCCACUUUUCACUGGCUACUGAAAGGCUCACAAGAAGACAGAUUUUACAAGCAGAGGUGUGAAAUGGAGUUGUUGCAACCAUUUCACAUAUGAUUCCCACGCUCUUGAGCACAGACAUCAACUGAAACCUGUGAGAUUAUGCAAAACCAGACUGUAAACAGAGUAUAUAUUCUAGCCCUUUCCCUACCUUGGAAAUGUCUGUAGAUUCCUAAUAGAGACUUCAAUUCAACCUAAUCAGUGCCAGUAGCCAAAUCUUAAGAUCUUUAAAUUGUGCAUCAUUUGUCAUAUAAAGUUA